GCCAAAGGAAAGCAACCUCCCGCUCCAUUGGUUCUUAACACACACACACGAGAGAGAGAGAGAGAGAGAGAGAGAGAGAGAGAGAGAGAGAGAGAGAUGGAAGCGACGGCCGUGAGUUUAGCGAGAUCCGUGCUGGACGGCGUCUUGAGCAGUGCCGGUUCCGCCGUCGCCGACGAGGUCGCGCGCCUCAUCGGGGUCCCGAAGGAGGUGGAGUUCAUCCGCAACGAGCUGGAGAUGAUGCAGUCCUUCCUCAAGGUGGCCUCCGCCCACCCCGAGGCCGCCGGGCGCACUGACACCGUCAGGACGUGGGUGAAGCAGGUGCGCGACCUCGCGUACGACGUCGAGGACUGCCUCCUCGACUUCGCGCUCUACGCGGCCAGGACGUCGUCGUCGCGGGCCGGCUCCUGGCUCCCGGGCGCCAUCGCCGAGCGCCACCGCAUCGCCGCGCGGAUCCGGGACCUCAAGGCCAGCGUCGAGGAGCUGAACCAGCGCAACCUGCGGUACCACAUCGCUGUCAACCCAGCCGGCGCAGAGGAGGCUCAGGCGUCGUUCAUGCUCCCCGACAACGACGUGGACUCAUCCGAGCUGGCGUUCCAGGAGUCUGACAUCAUCGGCCGGCGCGGCGAGAAGGCGGAGCUGACGACGAUGAUCUCCGGCCCCCGCGACGCGCUGCGCGUGGUGUCGGUGUGGGGGAUGGGCGGCAUGGGGAAGUCGUCGCUGGUGCGCAUGGUGCACAACGACCCGAAUCUCCUCGACGAGUUCGACUGCGACGCGUGGGUCACCGUGCCGCACCCGCUCGACAGCGCGGACGGGUUCAGGAAGCGGCUGAGGAAGGGGCUCGGCCUGGCGCGCGAUCAAGACAUCCGGGAGUACCUGCAGGAGAAGCGGUUCUUGGUCAUAGUGGAUGACCUGCUUAGCCAGGACGAGUGGGAGCAUAUUUGGCAGGUCGUCCUGUUCGACAACGGCAAGGGCAGCCGUAUCAUCGUGACGACGCGGCGACACGACGUCGCCCGGCACUGCGCGGGGAAUGGCCAUGUCUACGAGCUGAAGCCACUGGGGGACGUGGAGUCCAAGAAUCUCCUGUGUCAGAAGGUCUACAAAACAUCUAAUUAUACUUUGCCGGAGGACAUGGCAGAGCAAGCCAAUUGUAUCUUAAGGAGAUGCCGGGGGCUUCCCCUUGCCAUAUCUACAAUAGGAGGUCUCCUAGCCAACAGGCCUAAAACAAGCAGAGAAUGGAGGAAGCUGCACGAACACCUUGGGGCAGAGCUGGGGUCUGACCUCCACAACAUCACAAGGGUGAUUGUCUCAAGUUAUGACGGCUUGCCGUAUCACCUGAAAUCGAUCUUCUUGUACCUCAGCAUCUUCCCCGAGAACCAUGAGAUCAGACGCACCCGCUUGUUGAGGCGGUGGAUGGCAGAAGGCUACAUAGCAAAGAAUCGUGACAUGCCCGUGGAGGAUGUAGGAGACCGUUUCUACAGCGAGCUAAUUCACAGAAGCAUGAUUCAACCUUCCAAGGACAACCCUGGAGUAAGAGCUGAUCGAUGCCGGGUUCAUAGCAUGGUGCUACAGAUCAUCCUUUCCAAGUCAAUUGAGGAGAACCAACUAUUCCUCGUCGACAAGCACUCCAAUGAGGUUCCACAAAGUAAGAUACGGCACCUAGUAGUAUCCAGAUGGAAGAGGAGGGAUGAGAAGCUGCAAAACAUAAACUUGUCAUGUAUCCGUUCAUUGACAAUCUUCGGGGAGUACCCUGCCUCUCUCAUCUCUCCAAAAAUGCAUCUGUUGCGAGUGCUGGACCUGGAGGACACGAUCAAUCUGAAGAAUGAUGACCUCAAGCACAUAGGGGAGCUGUACCACCUAAGGUAUCUGUGCCUGCGAGGAACAGAUAUUUCUAAACUUCCGUCUUCUUUGCAGAACCUUCGAUAUCUGGAGACAUUAGACAUCCAAGACACACAUGUGACACAACUCCCUGAUGGCACCGCCAAACUUGAGAAGCUACAAUAUCUUCUUGCCGGCGUCAACUUCACAAAAGAUUUGCUGCAGAAGAUGGCACAGUCGGGGAUUGACAACCACAAGGCCAACCUUUUCAGAAACAUGGCAGCCUGUUUAUGUUGCAGUUGUAGCGAGUGUUGCAUGGUUUCUAGCAUGGAUCAGUUCAGCGUAAGGGCUCCCCAAGGAAUCGAGAAGUUAAGGAACUUGCACAUGUUGGGUGUGGUCAAUGUUGGCCAGGGCAAUGGAGUGGUAGGGAGGCUCAAGCAGCUGACAAACUUGACAAACUUGCGAAGGUUAGGGGUCACAGGACUCACCGAGGAAGAAGGGCAGGAGCUAUGCAAGUCGAUUGGCGAGCUCCGUCGAUUGCAAAGGCUGGAAGUGCGUUCUUAUUCACUUAAAUUCCUUGCCAAAAUGGAUAAACCAGCAAUACCAAGACAUCUAGAUUCAUUGAGGCUGUGUGGUGAUCUCGGCGAGCUGCCUAAAUGGAUUAGUUCACUCAACGAUCUAGUUAAGGUAAAGCUGCUAGGGACACAACUGAAGCAGACAAACAUUGUGCACCUUGAGAACCUGCGCAACCUAGCUUUGUUAGGUCUUUGGGAGAACUCCUACAUAGAGGAGUCGUUGCAUUUCAGCACUGAUACAUUCCCAAAGCUCAAGUUCCUUGACAUUGACGGGCUAGCAAAUAUUAAAACAGUGACAAUAGAGGAAGGCUCAAUGCCUGAGCUUGAGCAACUUUGGGUGAACAAGUGCCCAUCACUAAACGACGACGAUUUUGGCUUGUCUGGAGUGCCAUUCCUGAUGGACCUGAAUGAGCUUGUUCUGAAGAAAUGUGGCGAGAAAAAGAAGCUGAUUGACAUAUUGCAAGGACAAGUUAAUAGACACAUUAGACGCCCUAAAUUCCGAAUUGGCAAGUCAUAUCUACUUUCUAGCAACUAGUCCAAAGCUAUCCACCAGCAUGACAACUAAGCAGUGAAAAUAGAGGUUGGAGGGUUGUUUUAUGAUGCAUAUUUUCACAAUGAUAUGUCUUCUUUUUUUGUUUAGCAUGAUCACAAAUGUACCGCAUCCAUACAACAUUGGCUUUCAUUGCCUUCAAAUUUCAAUUAUUGAAUAGAGUUGUAAUUGAGAUGAUAUUUUAAUAACAGCAUAACAUACUAGCUGCAAAUCUUAACUGGAUUCAUGCAGUCGUGUUCACAUGAAACAGAAGCACGAGGGACAACAAUGAAGCUAAUACUUACAUACGUUACAUUGCAGAUACAUUUUUCAUUGACAACUGUACACAUAAAGUGAACAUUUCUACUAUUUAUUAAGUUACAAUUCUCUAGCCACAAUGAGGCUAUUGGUUCUAGUCUUCACUUAUCAACCGGCUUACCUUUCUCCGUCAGCUUGGCCACAGCUUCCUUCGUGGCAUCUUUCCUCUUCUUGCUGGCAAGGUCUUUAGCCUACUCACCGCCAACGUUCCGGACUUUCUUCUUCUCUGUCGGCCUUAGUGGUGCAGGGUCUCUUUGGAGCAGCAGAAGCAAUGUCAGGACCUAGCAUUGCACCAGCACCAGCAGCAACCAAGCCACAUAGAAAUGCCCUAUAACAAUAAUUUAUUAAGUUAAGAUUCCUUAUUUAACAUUGGAAGAUAAGGUGAUUUUUUAUUUGCCAUUGGAAGAUAAGGUAAUAUAUUAUUUGUCAUUCUACGAAAUAAACCUAUUUAUUUUUCACUACUUCUAAUUUUCAUUCAUUUCUCACCACUACCAUCCAUUUAACCCAUAGAAAAGAUAUAUUUACCAAUGGGAGGAGGACGACGGCCUCGGGUGUGACCGCUAAAAGCUAAUCAAAGUUUAGGACUCUUUAAAAACUGAAAUUAGAAUGUGAUGUACUAAAUAGUUGUAAACCAUUUCUUUAUACUUCUAUAAUGUUUUUGAAUGCUAAAUUUGGAUUAAUAGAUAAGUAGAUACGAAUUUCUGAAGUCGUGUUGUUUGCAAAUCAUUAGGGAAGCUCCAUGAUUAUAUUGUGACUAUGAUUAGGUAUAGCAAAAGCUAAAAUUAAUUUUAUGAUGAAUACAAAAGAUGUAAAUAAUUUUAGUGUGCUUAUAUUGUAGAAAAAUAGAUAUAAAAAUAACAAGGUAAUUGGAUGAUAGUGGAUGUAUUAGUGACGUGGAUGUUUUUUUAAUACGAUUUAGUUUAAUAUUACAAUACUUUUUAACUAGAAAAUGUGGUAUAUUAAGUACAAUUUCUGUAUAUAAGUUGUGACAAAUGGUUAUACUUCUUGGUUGCAAGUUUUAUAUUUUUGUACCAUAUGGAUAACAAGUCGUUUAAAGUGUGUGGCGGAAAAACAAUGCGUUUAACAUGUGUGCAUGAGGCUGCCAUCCUCCUCUCUAAGAGCAAAUGUGUGUUUUAUAUAAGUCAAAUGGACGAUAGUGGUAAGGAAUGAAUGAAAAAUAAAAACAAUGGUAAAUAAGGGAAUUCAUUUUGUGGGAUAAUAAAUAGAGAACUACCUUAUCUUCUAAUGAUAAAUAAGAAUUCUUCUCAUUUAUUAAAGCUAUAACAAAUAAAAACACAUUUAGAAGAGAAAUUAACUGAAUAUAAAGGUUCCUCAUAGGCCACCUGGUGUCGCAUUUGGAUCCCAGAGAAAAAUUGCUACUAUUUUUUAUAUUGAGUUACAUGUACCGACCAAUUCAUUUAAAAGCUAAAGCUAAUAGGAAAAGGUAGAUAAUUCACUUAUACUUGAACACGCUCCCUUAUGUGAAGGCACCCUUAGGUCUCAAACUUGGAAAUAUGAGUUAGUUGUAAUUUUUCCUAUUUAAUUACGUCUGUCAGCACUUUAACUCGAGACAUAUGACUCUAAUACCAUAUUGUGUUAUAUGGACCGAUUAAUUCAUCUAAAAAUCUAAGUUGAUAAGAAAAAAAUAAACAAUUCAUUUAUACUAUAACACUUCAAAGUAGACGAUUUUAGAGCACUACAGAACUAUGUUUGUGUUUGGUGUCGUGGAUAGGGGGCAUGAGCAGCUACUUCUGUACAGCAUUACACCUGCGCUCCAGCUCAAUGUCACAGUAAGCAAUGCAGCACCAUUCUAGAGGAAAAAAAUUCAAAAUUAGAUAACAUACGUAAGUGUAUUUAUCAAAAUAAAUAACAUAUUAUCGUAUUUAUAAUUUUAGUAUUCGUAUUCGACACAUCAUUUACCGAAAAUAGAAUUUUGGUACACCGUACGUCGAAAAACUACAGACCCGGUUAUGCCGAAUAUGAGCUAUGCAUGUCAUCGGAGACUGCACAGUAGCAAAGGCCAUAUUUGGCAUACGGUGUGCCGAAUAUGGUUUUUCGGUGUACGGUGUACGGAAAAUCUAUUUUCGGUAAAUGAUGCGCCGAAUACGGAUGCUAAAUUUGUAAAUACGAUAAUAUAUUAUCUAUCUCAGUAAAUACGCUCAUAUAUAUUAUCUAAUUUUGGAUUUUUGCCUUGUGGUGAGGUUGUUCUUCUACAAGCAACUGAAAGUUAUUAAUUUUCUGACAAAUCAUUUCCUGGCCAAUCUCUUUUGCUUUGCAUAGAGAUUCCAAAGGAAAAACAAUAAUGUUUUUUUAAUCUUACCUGUUGGUUUUGUUUGCUCUGGGCUGCAUCAUGCAUGUUUUUUUUUUAGCCUCUUGACUGCAUAUAAAUGGAGGAAGUGGCAACGAGAAUAAUGCAGUGGAUAUGGCAGGUCAGGUACAUCUAUCUGCCUGCUUAUAAACCUCAUGGUGAGUAUAUAUCUGUUUUUCUGUGAAAUUAGAAAAACAUGAUUACGCUAAUGAUAUAUGUUUUCUGAAGCAUUAAUUUUGUUGCAAUUCCAACCCAUGAAGACACCAGUGGCACCGCGAGGUUGGUCCCCAACAAAAUGCUGAUCUACCUUCUUGAGGAAAUCAAAGACCACUAGGCACGACGCGCUGUUUGCAUUGGACACAGUGACAGGACUUCAGCAACUUGUGUACUAAUAUAUAUUAGUCUGACUUUCAAUCAGAAUCAUGUGAUCUUCGUCCUCAAACUCUCAAACUAAAGCAAAACACUCAUUUGACCAAAACUGUUGAGGCGGGCUUCUAUUAGGCUAUUCCUAGUGUAGAGUAUCAUAUACAUAA